AUGGAAGGCAUUCUCCGGUAUCUUCGCACGCCUGGUGCAAAAGGCGAAAUCGAAGCAGCGGCACCCACUCAGAGAGUAUCGCACGGUCUGGAUGGUAAAACACAGGCAGAUAUCUCAGACUCAGUUGGUUAUACUGUUCCUGUGAAAGCGAGGAUGCUUGACCGGUGGCUGGACCGUGUCGUCCAGUUCUCAGGUUCCGAAGUUGUUUUCUUCGUUAUCAUUUCUGGGCUACUUGCGUGGGCUUUUCUGGGUAUUCGAUACGGUACCGCGGAUAGUUGGCAGGUGGCGAUCUCAGAUGUUCAGGCCAUUGUUGCUUAUGUCUUCGAUUCGUUCUUAGUGCGUCAGGAGUUGAACCUCUAUGAAGAGGGAAUGGCAGCUGCUGCCACGCUGCAAUCAAGGUUGAUGAGCCACGAGCGGAUGCUGAGAAAACUACUCCGUGACUCCCAAACGGAUAUGUUCGAAAAGGGCGUGCCACUUGCCGAAGAGAACAAAACCCUUCUUGAUAAGUAUCGAGUCGACUUCCCAUCGGAGACAUGGUUUGGGCGCUUUACUACCUAUGCAUCCCAUGUGUUCGGUCAUCUCGCUACCGUCAGUCUCUACUGGGCUGGGGUGUUCAUAUGGAUCGGGAUUGGUCGUCUCUGCGGGUGGAGCAAUAACUGGCAGCUCUAUAUGAACUCUGCUUCCUCUGCACUCAUGGUCUUCAUCUUCGCUUUCCUUGCGAAUAUCCGAGAGCGCCAUUCAGCGUACAUGAAUAAAUGCCUUGACGCAAUAUUCAAGACAGACUCGAUGGUAGAGGCGCGCCUUCGACAUCUCACUGGAGAUGAUGCUGAAAAUGCCAUUGUCGUUCUUCCAGCGCCAAAGGUCGGUAUCAUACAACGGGCUAUAUACUACUAUGCGGACUUUGUUGGAACUCUAGUUGGUAUCGGGAUUCUCACGGUUGUCAUCGUCGUCUGGGUUGCCGUUGGACCAUUGUUGCACUUCAGCUCCAACUGGUGGCUCAUCAUAGGAACAUAUGCUGGCCUCGUCGGUAUGAAUGACGGUUUUGUCCUCCGUAAUAUGCAGAACAGGCUCGGCAAAUAUGUGGAUGACGAAUUUUCUCGGGUUGAAGUUGAAGACGAAAAGCUUUAUGCUAUUCUCAGUAUACCGAUGCCUGAAAAGGAAACGAUCGGGAAACCGUCACCUACUCAGAAGGUCUCGGAACUCGUGAACAAGAUCUCAUCUCAUGAGCUUACCGUUGUAGCUGGGGUUCUCACCAUUUGUGGCCUGGUUGCUGGCGCCAGCGCAAUGAGAUGGAGUACAACCGGUCAGCUCCUAUGCAAUGUCCCGCCAAGCCUUAUUGAGUCCUUCUUCAUGAUUGUUCUUAUCACAGGCCAUAAUGCUGCUGACGACAAACGACGCAUUGGUCUUAAGAAUAUAUAUGAGAGACGUCUGAGACUCUUGUCCUUCGCAGAGAGUAUCAAACCGCAUACUAAUGAAACUCUCGUGGAGACUCCAACCAAGGAUAUCAAUACUUGA